GUGGAAAUGUGGGGCGGACAAUGGAGGGGGCAGAGCGGAGGUGCCAGGGCUGCAGGGCGGCCGUGAGAUGCCACACACCUGCCCUUACCUGGAGGAUGUAGAGGGAAAUGAGCCAGCCGCCGCUAAGCCUGUGGCUCGACAUACGCAAAGACAUGAAGCUAAACGAGAGGAACUUGGUGUAUUAUGCCAACUGCAACUCACCCAUAGACAAAAGUGGCUUCCUGUACAAGAAAGGGGAACGCAAUGCCUCCUACCACAGGCGUUGGUUUGUGCUGAAGGGGAACAUGCUCUUUUACUAUGACAAUCAGGAAAGUCGGGAACCGGUGGGAGUUAUUAUACUGGAGGGCUGCAGGGUGGAGCUGUGUGAGUCUACAGAAGAGUAUGCAUUUGCAAUUCGAUUUGGUUAUUCCAAAUCUCGUGCCUAUAUUCUUGCUGCAGAUAGCCACAGUACUAUGGAGUCCUGGGUAAAGGCUCUUUCCAGGGCAAACUUUGAAUACAUCAGGCUUGUGGUGAAAGAACUGCAACAGCAGCUCAUGGAAGUGCAUAAAGGCCAGGCCUCUUCUAGCGGGCCUCCUGCUGCUGCCGAUAGGAGUCCUGCUCUCCACAGGCCGGCUUUGCCUUGCAGCCAGGAGAGGUCAGUUAUAAAGGACAACGGCUGUGCUCCAUGGAGUAACAGUGCGGCUGACCUGCCAAAUGGCCUUACCUAUACCAAUGGGCCACACUACAAAGAUGCAACAUGGCUGUUGGAUGGAAACUCAGUCCAACACCAGUCCUUGGCAUCUGAGCAAACUCAGCAAGUUGGUACAAGUGAACCGUAUGACUCUGAUGAGGCGGCCGAAGUCCGGUACAGCUUCGCAAAGCUUCAUGAUUUCUUUGGGGAAGAAAUUAAACAACUCCGAGCACAGUGGAAGAGAAGUUUCCAGGAAAAGCCUGGAUUGGGAGAUUCUGAGUAAGAGCUGGAUCUUUCAUGUCAAGACUUUAGACAUAAAACAAUCAUCUUAAAAUUCCUUGGCUCCUCACAAGGAGCCAUUCUGUUUACUGCCACGACUGAGAGCUGAUUGUUCUCUUUCUAGCCUUUUUUUGUGUGCAAAAUACAGGACAGAUGGUUACAAGAUCUGCACUACCAAAGUGCCACUUCUGAUGGUUUUCAGGGUGUUUUCACUUCAGUAACAUCACCAAGAAGAAGGCAUUGAGAAUUAAAUGUGACUUUUUAUGUGUCCAAAUAUUGUUUUAAAAGAUGGUGAAAUUUGCCACACUCAUUAGCACAAUAAUCUUUUAUAUCUUUUAUUAUCCCGCUGUAAAAGAUACGGUUUACUAUGACUUUUAUCUAUAUAUUCUAUCGGAGCCAGGUAUCCAAAGCGCCUAGAAAUAUGCAACUGUUCCUUUACUAGUGAUGUCCAUGGAGGUCGUUAUUUUUUUGGCUGCUUAAAAAUAAGCUGGUAAAAGAAACUCUACAGCAGUGGUGAGCAACCUCUGGAACUGUUGUAAGACUACGACUCCCACCAUGCACCGUUCCAAGAACAGUCAAAGUUCUUGGAACUUUUAAAGAGGUUUUCUGGGAGUUUUUUUUAUUUUUUAUCCUCUGAAUAGGUCUGUAUCUCUCUGGAGGGGGUCUGACACCCGGGACCCCCACCGGUCAGCUGUUUGAGAAGGCAGUGGUGCUCACGGUAGUGUUGCAGCCUUCUACCUGGUCACCAAGCACAGAGUUUUACAUUGUAUAGUGAAUGUACUUGGUAUUUUAGCUCAGCCCCAUUCACUGCAAUGGGGCUGAGCUGCACCUAGGCCAGUAAUGGCUAACCUCUGGCGCUCCAGCUGUGGUGAAACUCCCAGCAUUCCCCAUUCAUUUCUAUGGAGUUCCAAAAACAGCCAAGCAAGAGUGCAUGCUGGAACUCGUAGUUUUACCACAGCUAGAGUGCAGGAGGUUAGCCAUCACGGACCUAGGCCAUGGGCCCGAAGAACAUGAUGUCACUGGCCUAGGCAAAGCUGGAGGAAGUUGCGGAGCUACUGAGAGCUCCACUGCCUUCUGAAACAGUUGAUCGCCAGGUGUCCCGGGUGACGGUACCCCACCGAUAAGAUACUGAUGACCUAUCCAGAGGAAACCCUCUUUAAGCAUGUUUGCAUGCUGGGAGUUGUAGUUUGACAAAAGCUGGAGUGGCAGAAGUUGCUGAUCCAUGCUCUACAGAAUCCUUAGCCCCAUUUUAUUGUUAUGUCUCUGCCCAAUAGCAUUAAAUGAAGCUGUUAGGAUUGUGGUGGUGACUAAGAUGUCUAUCGGUACUCCAGAUACUAGAUACAGAGUUUUUUUUUUUUUUUUUUGUACAUGUUUAAAUCACAUUGGCAGUGCCUAACACUCUGCCUAAAAGCCCCCUGCCUUUCAUAGAAAGUGCCUUCCCCAUAAUAUAUAAGCACGAUGGCAGCAUCUUUCUGUAUUAAAAAUGUUAGAAAAACAUAAAAUCAUCUCUCUUCCGUUAGUCUUCUCCAUAGGGAAGAUGCUGGUUAAUGGGAAGCACGUGCCUUUCUGUUACACAUCUGUGGCUUCUAUGAUUUCAUUGAAUGUGCUGACUCACAGCAAACGGUUGUAUAUUUCUCUAUUUUCAGCAGGGCGGAGAGUUGUAUUUCAUCUGCUGGUUCAUUAUCUCCUUUCCUAUUGCUCUGAUCUCUAGAAGGUUACUGUGAAGCUGAUGCCUUGUCUGAUGAGAUAGACAUUUGAUUUGGAGCUGGUCAGUUUUUCCUCAUUUAAAGGCCAUCUGUCAGCAGAUUUGUACCUAUGACACUGGCUGACCUGUUACAUGUGCGCCUGGCAGCUGAAGGCACCUGUGUUGGGCCCAUGUGGCUGAGGGUCUGCUCUCUGCAUGUUGAUAAGGCUGGGCAGAUGUGACCACGUUUUCACAGCCAGGUCCUGUCAGUCACAGUGCAGAGAGAGCAGAGCCUCUAGGUGUAACAACAACGCCCCUGCUUGCUCGUGCCUGUUGUACAGUGAGCUGACCCGUUUCCCAAAGACCGGCCACGUUGAGGGAUUGUUAGAACUUCCUGUGUGCAAUAUAAAGUAUGUGAUGAUUAUGUUUCAUGUGGAAGAGUGGUAAAGGCUGCAGUGUAUGACAGUAUGUCCGAGAGCAGCAGCAGAAUGGAUCUUGUGAUAUCACAUAUGGCGGCUGUACAAAUAAUCAGAAAUGAAAGGACAUCCAUAUGUUCUCCUGAUAUGUCUGUUUUAGUAAUUAAAUGUAUUUCCCAUAAAAUAAAAAAUCUAGAGCAUCUGUAAUUUAUAAAUUUGAGUAAAUUGACAGCUGGAUGUUUUGCCUGUUUGACAAGCGGAAAGGUAACACCCAGUUGUCAUAUUAUUCAUACAUUUCUAGCAUUAGUACUUGGGGAGGUGAGGUAGUUCCUACAGCAGCCAUGUCAGGAGAGGUGGCAGGCGCCUUUUUAGUAACACUAAUACGUCUUUUUCCAGUUUCCUCUGUUUGGGUUUGGACCUGUAUAAUUUAUGAUGCUUUCUUUUAUAAUAAUACAUUUGUUUGUCACAAAUGAAUUUAUGUAGAAAAAAAAGUUUACAUUCUGGGAAACGCGUUCCUUUUGACUGCUUCACUACUCCAACGCUGUCUUUGCACCAUUAGAAGUGGGUACCUGGGUAUGAAGCCACAGAUGCAUAGAUACGUACAGUGUAAGUACUGUCACCGUAUCAAAUUAUAAGACAAAAGUGCCAUCAGCUGAUUGCCAAAGGGCUUGCUCCUGGCAAGAUGUUCAUUUUGCCGUGUCCAGCAAGACAUUUUAUGGCGGCCAUUUCAACACAAGUUUGGUUCACCUUCUUCGGUAUGUGAGCUUCUUCUAUACAGCAAUUCUCUGUUGUGGCUCAUAGAGAAUGGUUUCAAGAGUACAACCCUCCCCCCAUCUAUGAUGUCUCAGUGACUGUAUAGGGCAGAUGGACAAAGGUUGUCUCCAUGAGACAACCCCUUUAAAUAUCUCCUUCACCAUAUUAAGUAACUCUUUCCAAAAGGAUUAUAUACUUGGCUCUAGACCUAAAACUGCCAGAAAAUUGGCUUUUUUACAUCAUUAGCAUUUGGCUUGGUAUAAGUUUGAUGGUUGAAACAGCAGAAGGUACGGAAAGCAAGCAGUAAAUACUAAAUGAUGAGUAAUCACUCAGACGGCUAUUGACCUCAACUGAUCUGUAGAGAGGCGUGUUCAGGUCUUGUAAACCCGCGUGUUAUUUUAAUAGAGGCCACUAUACUGAGGCUCUGUAGAUGGGACAGAUGCAAUGCAGUCCUUGCUUCUUAUGACGGACUUCAAGGGAUUGGUAGGCAACUCAACAGCGGGUGACUUUCAGCUGCAAAAUGUGAAAAUCUCUGGGCUGUUCCCCAUCCACUUCCUACUUGUAUGUCUUGAGUUUGAGAAUUCAGCAGAACCUUCCAUGACGAUGGCCAUAUUGUCAGUUCAGGUCUGGCUGGUGACUAAUGCGGUUUUCCCAAAAUUAAAACGUAUCCCCUGCGCCCCCUGUAUUAGCUGAGCACCCGAAUAGAAUGUGCACUGCUGCUCUAUUCACAAUCUUUGCACUUACUUGGCUAUUGCUGUGGAAACCUUAGACCAGUGGUGGGGAACCUAUGGCACUCUGUGGGCACCCGCACCCUGGGAAAAGGUGUACUAAUAGGCCUUAGACUUUUCCUGCCAUUCAUCAGCGCAGGGCGCACUAUGAAUGGCACAGGCAGCACACUCAAUGUAGGCAGGCUAUUACAGCUAAACUAUAAAGUACAUGAAAGAUAUACUAAACUGUUAAAUUGCGUGUCGCUCCAGUCUGUGUAUAUAGCACUGCGAUGGCUGGGAGCAAAGCAGUCUGGAUUCAAACGCCCGGCUCCGGUGUGUAAUCGGGAUACCAAGAAUCCAAAGCUUCUAAAAUCCCAUCGUUUAUUUCAAAUCCAUAAAUGGUAGAGGACUGCAGGAUUAAAGGUCCAUAACACAGCUUAUGCUUUUUUCCCCAGAAGUGUGCUUUAUGGUAGCAUAUGGUUACUAAGGACAAACCAUGAGGUCACUUCUGUUGUUUAUGUGAUCGGUCCAUCGUAUUUCUAAAAUCGCGGUUUGUCCGUCGUGUCUAUAUGCUAUCAUUUAUCACUAUUUUGUGCGAAAUGCUAAACAAUAUUAUGGACUUUUGAUCCUGCACUCCUUUGCCUUUUAUGAAUUUCAAAUAAAAGUUGUGGAUUUUAGAAGCUUGAGAUUCUUUUCCCCUUUGUAUCCUAACUGUGAAAUCCGUGAACCUACCAUUGGUGUCAGGCAGUGAUUCGCAGACACGUUGAUGAAUGUAGCCUCGCGGUACAGUUGCUGUCCUGUAUAUGUUUCCACGCAGGAUGUCUACAGACGUGUUCUGUGACUGAUCAGUUAGUAUCCGGAUACUGCAUACUUUGCCUUCCAUUUCCAUCUAUGGUAUGACUUUUAUUUUACAUUUCCUCUUGUCAUUUUUUUUAUGUUUAGACAUUUACAUUCCACAAGUAACUAUGAAAAAUGUUACCGUAUAUAUUGCACAUUCAUUCUGUAAAAUAAAUGGUUU